CAGGGUCAUGCAGCAACUCAGUCUGUGUUCAUCAACAUGAACACUGUGAACAAAAUAACUUUUAGGCUGUUUUUCUAGUUGUUUCUCCUUGUUCGGUCUGUUCUUUUUACCACUAACGAUGACUCAGGUUAGAGGGUUUAUUGUGGGAUGGGUUAAAGUUUAAUGAUUGUGAUAUAAAUGCAUCACCUAUAAGCUGCUGGCCAAACGGCCACAGCCUACAGCAGGAGCUCCAAGAAGAACCAGGACAAAUUGUUAGGUUCCCGAAGAUUCAAAAUGGCAAAGAAAAUAAUAAUAGUGGCCCUUGCAGUGCUGCUGUUAGCAUGCCUCGCCACAUUUCUGGGUGUUUUCUUUGGUCUGAGGAAAGACAGAGCGAAUGGCUCCUGGAAGGCAGCAGUAGCAGCAGAUGCAGGCCCCUGCUCAGAGGUUGGCAGGGACAUUCUGCUGAAAGGAGGAUCUGCAGUGGAUGCCUCAAUAGCGUCGCUGCUAUGUGUUGGAUUAAUGAAUGCUCACAGUAUGGGCAUAGGAGGAGGUCUUUUCCUCACCAUCUACAAUGCAAAAACUGGAAAAGUUGAGGUAAUUGAUGCACGGGAGACGGCGCCUCAAAAUGCAACGAAGGACAUGUUUGGAAACAGCACAGAAUUAUCCCAGAAAGGAGGGUUGUCCAUUGCUGUUCCCGGAGAGCUUCGGGGUUAUGACAUGGCCCACAAGCGACAUGGCAAACUGCCCUGGAAAGAUUUGUUUCAGCCAAGCAUUGAACUUGCAGAAAAAGGAUUUCCAAUGGGCAAGGCGAUGGCGAUCGCUAUUGAUAGAACCAAGGAACACAUUGUGAAUGACACAGCCCUCUGUGAAGUGUUUUGUGCAAAAAACGGCGGCGUGCUGAAAGAAAAUGACACCAUUAAAUUCACCAGGCUGGCAGGAACAUACAGGAGAAUAGCCGAGAAAGGAGCAGAGGAGUUUUAUACAGGACAACUGUCAGAUGAGCUUGUGAAAGAUAUUCAGGAUGCAGGCGGCAUCAUCACAAAGGAAGAUUUGAGGGAUUAUAAGCCUCUCUUGGAUGAAAACCCUUUAAGGGUGAAUGUGGGGGAGUACGCCAUGGUUGUUCCCAAUGCCCCCGCUAGCGGCCCUGUGCUAUCGCUGAUAUUAAACAUCCUGAAUGGAUACAACUUCAGCGCAGACAGUAUGGCGACCAAGGAGAAAAAGAUCCUAACUUUCCAUCGCAUUGUAGAGGCCUUUCGCUUCGCUUAUGCAAAGAGAACUUUGCUUGGAGAUCCAAAGUUUCUCAACAUUGAAGAUUUGAUCAAGAACAUGACCUCCACUUCAUAUGCUGCCAUCAUGCGGGACAAGAUUUCGGAUGAUACCACACAUCCCAUGGACUACUACGAGCCACAGUUCUGGCUUCCUGAAGACCACGGGACGUCUCACCUGUCCGUCGUUUCAGAGGAUGGGAGUGCGGUGGCUGCCACCAGCACCAUAAACCACUAUUUGGGGUCAAAAGUCAUGUCAGGAUCUACAGGAAUCAUUCUGAACAAUGAGAUGGAUGACUUCAGCUCACCAUAUAUCAUUAAUGGGUUUGAUGUUCCUCCAUCCCCAAGCAACUUCAUCAUUCCAGGGAAAAGGCCGAUGUCGUCUAUGUGUCCAACAAUCCUUCUUGACAAAAACAACAAUGUCAAAAUGGUAGUCGGAGGUUCAGGAGGAACAAAAAUCACCACUUCAGUCGCUCAGGUGAUUCUCAACGCGCUCUUCUUCAACUUCGAUGUUGAUAAAGCCGUCUCAGACCCAAGGAUACACAACCAGCUAAGUCCCAACACCACUCAGGUGGAGCCCGAGUUUGACAAAGAAAUAGUCGAUGGUUUGGCAAAGAAGAACCAUGAGACGGAGUUCCUCACGUCAUUUGGAGCCGUGGUGCAGGCGGUGGUCCGUCAUGAAAACAGGCUGUUCGCCAAGUCGGAUCCUCGUAAAGGGGGGUACGCUGUCGGGUACUGAGGCCAUAAAUCCUUCGCUGAUUAUGACUUUCCAGUAGCUGCUUGAACUUUAACACUUUUCACACAACAUUAGAGAUCAGAGAUGAGGAACUCAAUGAACCCAAACAACCAUCGUCAACAGACUGACUCAGCGGAUUUUGUGUGUACUGAGUUAUGUUUGUUUUUUUUUUUUUUUACAAAACACCACUUCUGUUAAUUCUAAUCUCUUCUUUAUUUAUAGACAAUUUAAUUUAUUAUCAACCAUUUUUUUAAUGUAAUUUUAUGGUUUUGUUGUAAUCCAGUGUAAUUUAAAAAAUAUUUGUGUUGUUCUUUCUGAUAUCACUAGCACUGCUGAGCUGCUUUAUGUUGAGCAGAAUAGUAAGAAAAGGAAUAACAAAGGGCUCAGACUGUAACACCUCAGGGACAAGCCGUUCCAGGAGAAAAAAUAAUGGUACACAAUAAUUUCCUAACACCCAGAGUGCAGCGACCUACGGUGACCUCAUCUCAUUAUAUUUGCUGCUUCUUCUUACAAUUAUGUCUUUCAUUGCCUGAACUAGGAAGUAUUAGAAAGUGCUCCUAUCACUUUUAUUUUCUACUUAAAAUCAUAAAGCUUUACAAGGAUACUGUAGUAUUACAGUAGUACUGUAGUAAUACAGCAUAUCAUGGGCCUACUGUCAAAGAAAUAUGUGACAUGCAGGUCAAAUGUUUUCUUGUGCAUUAAAGGGAUGGUAUGUUUCCCAGAGGUUCUGGGAGGUUAUUGCGAGUGAGAGCUCCCCUAGUUGUCGUAAAAUGUCACACGGUUUGUAAGGGUGAUUAAUCCUCAGAGAGAUGGAAAGCUUUAGCUGAUUUUAAAACAACUCAGUCAGAAAAUGUUUACAUCUGCGGGAUGAAACGUUAUUUUAGUGGGCAUUAUCCAUCUUAGCUGUCACUGUCAGGACUGUCUCUGUUGUCUCAGACAUAAAUUGUUGGUCGAGGCUGUCAGCGGUAUCAAUUAGCUUGAUUGUUAGCUCACCAGGAUUAGACCUGGAAGAGCACAGUUGUUGCAUUAGGGAUGAAAUGAUGAAUGGUUUUAAUUAUUGCCCAUUGUUAAUGCCAAUGGUACAAUAAUACAGCUGUGAAAUUAUUUAACAACAACUACUACAGCUGAUAAUAAAAAUAUUGAUGUUAAUAAGUACAUUUCAGCUUCAGGUCUCACUGUCAGGGAAUUACCUUCAACAUAAUAUAAUAUAAUAUAAUAACACUAUUUUUAACACAUUUUUAUCCUGCAUAUCUUUUGUCUGAAGAAGUCUGUUCAAACUCCAGGUAAGAACUGAGCAAACGAAAGUUACAAAAAAUAUAUAUUUAAGUAAAUAUCUCAUGAUGACAGACAUGAUAAAAAGAAAUACACAUAUAUCAUAACUAUAUUUAUGAAUCUCCUACAUGUUUAGAAAAACAACCUAAAGUAGGAGCUUCUUAAAGAGACAGAGGCCUGAUUUCAAUGUUUGAUAUAUACAGCAUUUUUAAAACAACUGAAGGUAACAUAUUUGAUUAUGUUAUAAGAUGGCUGUUAGGAAAACACUAUGAGAAAAUCCAUAAUACUGCACUUUGACAUAAUAUUGAAAUGAUAAAUACUGUAGUUGGGAACAGUGAAAGUAAUGACCUGUCACUAUUUGUCCAAUGCUGCUACUGUGGCAAAGUUUUUGCGGGCACUGACAUCUUUUUAUGUGAAUAUUUUUUUCUCUUGACUCCAGAGCAAAGCUCUCACAGAAUAUUUUCUUGUUGUUGUUUUUUGACUAAAAAUAUGUGUUUCUUUUAAUAGCCCUGGGUCGUUUUCUAGUUUGUAACCAUCAAGGUCGCCUCACAUGAGGAGUGAGUGCUACUCUGGUUUCUGUAGCUAAAUAUUCAGAGACAUGCGGAGACAUUCCCACGAACAUUUCUCAGAGCUGAUCUGGACACGUUCCACUGGGAGGAGGAUUUGGGGCAGACCCAGGACUAGCUGGAGCUCAUAUAUCUCUUGGCUGACCCCAGAAUGAGGCCCCCAGCAAGAGAAAAAUGGCAGCGGGAGAGAGAGUGAAAGCUACUGACUGUUCCCAACACAAAGACUUUCUUACUCUAACUUGAAAAGCGUUGGGACAAAAGCAAAGACAUGACUGGUUUAAUCAUGAAAGGAGAAUAUUUAGGAUAUAUUGUGUAGUAAUAAAUAAGCCUCUGUGAAAUCAGAUGUGUAGUUAUAAGUUGAGUAUAAUGUAUUCCUAGGAUAAGUGGGUCUACUCCAUGUUGAUGCUCUACUCUUCAAGUGUUUCAGUAAGCAGAGCUUUUCUCAGAAAUCAAUUCUCCAAACGUCAUAUGAGAAAUCCCUCACCACUGAGAGGUACUACCUGAACUUCACUUGAGUAAUCCCCCCAAUAAAUAAGUGUAAUACACCUUAAAAUAAAUCAAUCUUUAAUUGCGAUUGAAAAAUGUCACCCUGAAAGAUUUGGUUCAGCGAGUUUAUAAUAUUUUUCCUCCCUUGAGCUGCUGGAACACUGUAGAUGUUAUGUGUGUCUAAAUAUGGACUAUUAAACAAAUUUUGUGAAAUCUUA